CCUUCACGGAAACCGGAUGUGGCUCAGGGUAGGAAGUUGUUGCGGAGUUUGAAUCACUUUGAGCGGCCAAAUCAGUGCCUAUUUUAAGUCCAUUAGUGCAGAAGGCACCAUGAGUCUGCACGAUGACACUCCAGAGCGACUGGACGCAGACUUCGACCGUUACCUGUCAGACAUGAAGCCAUAUGUCCUGAAGCACCCCAACAGAACAGAGCGCCAACGGUGCGCCAUGUGGAUCAGGAAGCUUUGUGACCCGACCAUGUGUGGCUCAGGACCAGUUGGGCUGAAGAAUCGCAACAUGUACGCUCGCCUGCUUCUGCACAUGCUCAGAAGAGGAGUCCUGGAUGCCCCUUUCACUGUCAAGCCGGAUCAGGGCUGCCUGAAGACUCUACCAACUUACAUGGCGAUCUACUUCGACGAGCCCCUGGGCGCCAGCGGGCCAGCGGUACAGGAAGUGGCACCGCUUCCUGAUUGGGUGGCAGGAGAGCUCGGCCACCACGGAUCCGACAGGACCAAGAGGUCUUCCUCCCCCACCUCUGUCACUCACUCCAGAAGGCGGCCGUAUGACGAGAAGACCCCAUGCCGGAAAUUGGCGUCCAGUCCUCUCGACCAGUCCCCUAGAAGAGAACACACCGGCAUGGUGGACGGUGUGUCGAAGCCGUACGCAUCCCCAGAUGACAGUGACCUUGAGGCCCGGCUCAACAGCUGGAACCUAGGGAUCGAAAACCCCAGGUAUUUGCGUGAGAGGCCCAUCGCCCCGUCGCCGAUUGCUCCAUCACUCCAGAUGUUCAACUCGACCAUUGGUAGGAACAGCACAUAUCUUGAUGAAACAGCCCCGCUGCACAAACAGGACAAAGAGGUGGAGAUGAAAAUCAAAGUGUUGGAGGCCAAACAUCAGGAGGAGCAGCUCAGGAUGCAGCAGAGACAUGACUCAGACGUCCAAAAAAUUCUGGACAGAAAGAAUGGUGAGAUUGAGGAGUUAAAGGCGUCAUACCGGGCCAAGCAGAAGGGCUCAGAGGAGAUGAUCCACAAGCUGGAGAAGAAAGUUGAAAGCGGGCUGCGGGAGUCCCAGGUCAUCCGCGAGAGCAAAGAGAAGCAGAUUGCGGAGCUGAAGAAGAUGUCGGAUCAGAGCUCCAGCUCCCUGCACAACGAGUGGGAGAAGAAGCUCCACGCGGCGGCUGCAGACUUGGAGCAGGAGAAGUUUGUGCUCCAGAAGAAACACACGCAGAGCAUCCAGGAGCUACUGGACGACACCACCCAGAGGCUGACCAAGAUGGAGGCCCAGUACAGAGCUCAGGCACAGUCCACGGAGAGGACAGUGCGUGAGCUGGAAGUGACGGUGAAGCAGCAGUCGGCGGAGGUGGAGAAGGGCAAGGCUCUGCGUCAGAAGGUGACCCAGGAGAAGGGCCAGCUGGAGAUCCAGGUGGCCACCCUGGGCGCUGAGCUCCAGGAGGCUAGCCGACGAAGCAUGGCGCUGCUGAAGGAGAAGGAGGAGCAGAGUGAGCAGUACAAGCAGGCCUCCGAGAGGCUCCGGGCCACGCACCAGGCCGACAUGAGCCACUAUCAACAGGAACACGCCCUCUCUGCUGCCAAGGCCUCGGAGGUGAUGGAGGAAAUGGAGCGGGUAGCCUCCCAGCUCAGGCAACAGCUACAGGAGGCUGAGCACAGGAGACAGAAACAGCUCCGGGACCAAGAGAUCAAGUUUCAGCAGGAGAAGGAUGACCUGCAGAUCCACUGCGAGGGGAAGGUUCUGACUACUCUGAGCAAGGCGGAGAAGGAGAGAACAGAGGCGAAGAAGAUGACGGCCAAACUUGAAGAGUCUCUCAGGGAGGCGGAGGGCCAGCUGGAAAGAGCCAGAGAGGACCACAGGCAGCAGGUCCGGCAGGCUGAGGCCUCUCUGGAGCAGUUCAGGCAGCAGGUUGAGCUUAGUUCGGAGAAGACCUAUGCCGACAUGAAACUACAGAUGGAGAAGGUGGAGGAGGAUUUGCUUCACUCCAAGGCCCUCCGAGAAAACCAGACAAAGGAGUUCUCCCAGAAACUAGACGCACUCCGGGAAAGAUACGAGGAGCAGAUGGCGGAGCAGCGCGUGCAGCGGGAGCAGGAGAGGACGCGACUCCAGCAGCAGCACAGCGCCGAGCGGGACAGCCAGGCCCGGGAGCGCCAGCGGGAGGUGGGCAGCCUGGAGAGACAGGCCCGGGCCGCCCUGCAGCAGCACCAGCUGCACACCCAGGAGUGGAGGGAGCGCGAUGCCCAGACCAUCUCAGAGCUGGAGGAGCAGGUGGGCUGUCUGCGGCAGGAGGUGGCGGCGGCCCAUGGCCAGAGGAAGCAGCAGCUGGCGGAGGUGGCGACGCUCCGCGAGGAGGAGCGCCGCCGCGAUGCCCAGGACCACGAGGCCUCGCUGGCCGGCCACCAGGCCGAGGACCAGCGUCUCCGCGGUAUCGCCCAGAAAGCCCACCGCCAGGAGGUGGAAGCCGUCAGGGAGAAGGCCAGCAGCAGGCUGAAGCAGAUGGAGAAGGACCACGCUCAGAAGCUUGCCAAGUCUAUCCAGCUGAUAGCCCAGCUGCAGACGUCAGUGUGUGACUGUAAGGAGGAGGCUGUGCGUGUGCAGCAGAGCCUGGAGAGACAGCUGGAAGAGGGCCAGGCUCGCUGGGACCAGGAGAGACGGACCCUAAGCCACCACGCUGACAAGGCCCACAAGGCUUUGCAGGAAAAAGCGGAGGGUCUACAGCGGCAGUUGCACUCCUCUGAGAAGAAGCUGCUCAACAAAGAGUUGGAGAUGCAGGAACAGGUGACGGCAGUGCGGCAGGACUGCGAGGUGAGGAUCAAAGGCCUGCUGCCGGCAGAGCUCCAACGGGAGCUGGAGGACACCAUCACCUCCCUCAAGGCCCAGGUCAACUUCCUCCAGAAGAGAGCCUCGCUACUGCAGGAGGAUCUGGAUGCACAUCGCAAGGGUAAUGCCGUACCACUUCUCUAACACAGGUAACGGGAAAUAUACCAGCAACCAACCCAUUGAAAUAUGAAGGAAGAAGGCGACCUAUCAGAUGUGAGCAUCAUUGACUGUUUCCGGGGCGGCAUUUCACCCAAUCGUCAUGCCAUUGGAAUAUUCAUCUUUUUUUAUGCACUCAUGUCAUGUUUUUUUUAUUUCACACUGUAUUUAUUAACUGAUGAACUUUGAAUGAAGUAUGAUUGUUCUA